AUGAACCAAAGACCUCAUAACUUCACUGGAGCUACGAACGAAGGAUUUGGUCUGCGGUUUCUGAAUGAAAAAUGGAAUGACAGCAUCUCGAAUGGCCAUCCAUUUACAAUCAGGUGGAACGAGUCUUUGGACGAUACUCUAUCUCCAGAGCUUGGACUCUUUAAGAUUACAUAUCCCAAAAAUGGAGUUGCUGCUUUCGAACUGAUAUCGAAUUUGACAGAUGGCAUGAACAAUAAAGAUGCGACUUGUUUGUGGACGCCAGACCACCUUGAUGAUGAGCUGUAUACCCUGUGGCUCACAUCUACUCCGGAUACUCGGUCGGGUUGGACGGCUUCUCCUCCUUGGAGACUUACUGAAUCUCCGCGACAUUCUUUGCCCUGGGCUGCUCCUGUUGUCAUUCCCAUUAUUGUAAUACUAACUGUCUAUACACUGGGUCUCACCGCCUGCAUCACAUACCGACGACAUAGAAAGAACAAACGCGAAAAAGAAAGCAAUAGAGAGGAGCCAGACACGGAAGAAGCUGACGAAGAGCCAUCCUUCUUCAGAGAAGGAGAUAGGCAUCCUUCGGUUGAUACCGUGCUCACAAUAGAGAGUCUUGACUCGAUUUUGUCGGAUAAGCAGAAGAUAUGGCUCCUGACGCAGUCAGCAUCAGGAUCUCUUCUCUUAUCUUCUUCGGGUAGCAGAAAAAACUCGGAUGCGACGCUGGUUUCUCCCACUGCGCUACUGUCCGACACCAAACUCAUUUCCCCCAUCAGCUCAUCCGAGCAAACAUUACAAAGUCCCACAAGUGUCCAUUCUGAGAGAACUCUUGUGACUCUAUCAGAUCCCAGAGAUCGAAGGCCUGUCGUUGCUGGUAGACAGGGGCACUCGUUAAGAAUUAUCAUACCGUCUAGCGAUGAACAGGACUGA